AUGGCUAGGACACUUGAUAAAACGCGGAAGCAGAUUGCGAAAAAGAGAAACGGUGCUCUUGAUGCUUUGCAUGAGAAAAGCCGAGACUCCAAACGGCUUCACCGCGCCCAAAUCCGUGACGAGCGUCUCGAGAAAAUCGCCGGGGCGAGGCGAAAAAAGGACCAACCGCUACUUGCGCGUGCUGCGUUCUUCCAGGACGCCGUCCAGCAGAACGGCGACAAAGCCCUGGCAUUCGAUGCCAUACAGGCCAAGAUAAAGGAAUUCGUUCAGCAGUAUGACGAAGAGUACGGCGAAGUGAAAAAGAACCGCCGGCCGGGGCGCCCAGCAAGUACCAGGGAAGACUUGUUGAAGUUGAAGGUCGCGGCCCUCCAGAAGGAGCACCGCGACGGAUUCUACCUGCCUGACCUCAGCACCGAAGCGAAUGCCCAACUCCUGAGCAGAUUCGAGGGAUCCUGGUCAUACCUGACCAGCCUCGCCUGGGUCAAGGUAUCGGCCACAGGAACUGUCAAGCCGUCGAGUUUCCCUCCCCAGGGUCUCUAG